AUGAGUGCCACAUCAGAACCACAACAAGUACCAACGGAUAUUGAGAAUACAAAUGCCGACCAGUCGUUUGACACUUCAAAUGCAAUUCAGAAACUUAUAGACGAACUUGAAGAGGGUGACAUAUUCUUCAUGGCUGAUGAAAUUGUAGCUUCUAUUGCACGAGCCCAAGAUCAACGCGAAAAGGAAUUGGCAGAGCUUGACAGAACCAACGAUGAGCUUCGACAGGAACUUGAACAUAAAAAGGAACACCUUCGGGCAAUGACCAAGAUAAAUGACGCUAAAGUUGCUUUAAUUGAUAUCAACUCUGCAAUUGCCGACUAUGAGUUUUCGCCGAUCGACAAGUCACAAGAUUUGCUAGAGGCUGUGCGAACAAGGAACCUGGAGCUUUACAAUUUGAAGUUGGACAUUACGCAGGAGAAUAGUGAUUUACGUGACUCUUUGAGCCUGUUGAUCCAAAAAAGGGCCAAGUUGCAGAACGAGUUGAAUGACUUGACUGAGAAAUUGGAAAACCCGGAACCCAAACAAAAUAUUGAUCCUGAGAAGUUGAAAGAGUAUGAUUUGGCGUUGCUAAAGAUUAACUUUUAUCGCAAUCUAGGCAUACGUAUUGAACCGUUUAAGAAGCCAGAACUGGCAUCAGAACUGGCAUCAGAACUGGCAACAGGUGCGGUCAACCCUGGAGCAUUUCUAACUCAAGACCUGGAAAAUGCGUUGGAUUUCACAGAUGAUCCUGAGCAAGUAGUGAUUGUACAAGGCAGUGAUGGUCAAGUAAAGAAUAUGCUCGUUGGAUUAAGCUGUCCAGAAGAGUCUGUAUCUAGAUUUAUAUGGGAGAAUAUUGACUAG